AUGAUAUCCCUAAUCUACUCUCUCCUGCUUCUGGCAGCGUCGGGCUCAUUCGCAGCGGCCGCCUCGGACAAACAGCUCAAGCCAUGUACCGUCAUCUCGCCCACAUCCGAGCGCUUCUUCGACCUAAACCCCAUGCGGCGCCUUCCACCAUCGGAAUCAGAUGGCAAGAAGAACAGCAAGAAGGAGGGCGACGAGGGCAGCUGGCAUGCCAAGGGCUACGAUUACAAUGCCAACUUCACAAUCAACUUCUGUGGACCGGUAGUUGAGGAGUUGGACAAGGUGGAGGAUCUAGACAAGGGACUGUGGAAGAACGUCAGUGCAUUUUACGAGAGAGGAGACAAGCAAUGGGCGAUAGGUCUCGAGAACUCAGAGCCCAUCUUCCGCGGUCGCAAACUCAUUCUCAAUUACACCGGUGGCUCGCUCUGCCCCUCUCUGUCCUCCAAGUCCAAGCGCACGCUCGAGCCCACCUCUCUCGACACCCGCGAGAUCAUCGACGGCGACGACGACGACGAUAAGGAUGGCGGCGACAAGAAGAAACCCAAGAAAGAUGCCGAGCGUCGCAAGACCACCAUUAUCUCUCUACUUUGUGACAACGACCCGCUUGCGAAAACUAGUGUAUCCUUCGUCGCUGCAGUAGACGACUGCUCAUACUUCUUCGAGGGCCGCUCACCCUUCGCAUGCGGUGGUGUACAUCAGGACACCCAAGCUCUAGGCCCUGGUGGUGUCUUUGGUGUCAUUGUAUUGAUCGCCGUGCUCGUAUACUUUGCUGGUGGUUGCGUCUACCAGCGCACAGUCAUGCACCAGCGCGGAUGGAGACAGCUGCCCAACUACGCCAUGUGGGCAGGUAUCUGGCGCUUCUUCUCUGACAUGUUCAUCAUUCUUACUUCCUCGUGUGCGCGCUUUAUGCCUUCCCGCCGGGGCUACAGCCGUGUCUCGCUUGGCCAGGACAGUGGGCGAAGAGGACGCAGGAACGAAGAUGAGGAUAGGUUGAUAGACAACCUGGAUGAGGAGUGGGACGAUUAA